UUUUUUAUUGUGGUUUUCUAUGUCAACAAAGUAAUACAAGAAAAACGUUUUGAAAAAUUACAUACAUAUGUGAGCAAUUGAAUGAAAUAAACAACUGGUACAGAAACAACGAUUUGUCAACGAAAAAAAAAAAUACAAUUUAUAUAAGCACAAAACUACAUACAUAACAUAAUUUACUUUACAUACAUUGCACAUACAUACAUACCCACAUGUACACACAAACCAUAACUGCGUACAAUAGCAACUACAACAGUAACAGUCACAACAACAACAGCUACGACGACGAUGGCAAUGUACUAAUAAAUACAAUUUUACACAUUCCAUUUUAAUUCUGCUGUGUGUGUGAAAAACUUAUAAGAAAAAGGAACAACAACAACUACAACAAUAAUUACAAUAACAACACAACAGUGGUUGGUGAGCUGAGGUGACGACGAUAAAAUAAAACCAACAGCAACAACAACAACAACAUCAAAAAGACAGCAUAGCAUAGAGACGACGACGAAGAAGAAGAAGAAGAAAAUAAAUAGCAAUUUCGACUAAAUAAAGUUUUCAAGUCGCUGCCAACAUAGACGCGCAUAGUUGCCGCGACGCUCCCGUUUUCCGUACCCGUUUCCCGAAUUUCGUUCGUUCGCACAUUCUGUUGUUCGGUUAAUCGGUUGGUCGUUUGGUCGGUUCGUUAACCGCUCGGCUCGGCUCUUUUGGUUGUUGUUGUUAUUCUUGUGUGUUUUACUUGUUGCUGCUGCAACUGCCACUGCAACUGCAGUGUAUCGUUCGUCUACGACUAGUUGCGCGCAAGGUUAAGAAGAAGAACAACAAAAAAUAGAAGCAGGAGAAAGAGAGAACUGACCAGAAGCAGCAAAGCAGAGAGUGAGGCGGAAAAAAAAAACAAAACCACCGAGCAAUAACCACAAACAACUACAACCAACACAACCACACCAACAUCUUCCCCAUCCCAGCUGACUUUUUGUCUUUUGUUUUGAUUCGUUUUGUUGCGCCGGCUUCACAUUCGGGGCGCAUCCGACCGACCAACCAACCGACCAUCCGUCGCGCCUGCGCACGCGCCUCUCUCUUAAAAAGCUGGCAACAUGGACGCUGCUGCUGCUGGGGAGAUAUGCAAUCCGCAAUUAUGCCGCAUUUGCAUUAAUUCGCAUACAAAUUCAACGCAGAUGAUUUCAAUAUUCGGCGAGGACUCACUAUGGCAGAAGAUAACAACACUGGCGAAUGUAAAGAUAUCGAAAAACGACACAUUACCGCAACAGGUUUGCGUAUCAUGUGCGAAAACAGCAAUAUCGGCAUGUCUGUUCAAGAAGAAGUGCGAGGAUGCGGACAACUUCUAUCGCCAGCAGCUGCUGAUCAAGAAAAUCGAGGGGCACAGCAAUGAGGCGAGUUCCAGAGCCAAUAAAACCAUCACAGCAGAGACGGUGCAUACGUCGCCACGCGAUCGUGCCGAAAACAAAAGCAGCAGCGGCAGUAGUGGCAGCAGCAGCAGUAGCAGUAGCAGCAGCAGUAGCUCCGAGGACGAGGAAGAGGAGGAUAAUGACAAUGACAAUGACAACGAUAACGACAGCGAUGCUGGUGAUGCUGAGGCUCCCAGGCAUCUGGAGAAUGGACAUGCCAUGGUCAAUGGCCAGGCUGGUGAGCACAAUAGUAGUGUCCUGGAGGAGGGCGCCAAGCUUGAAGCUGUUCCCGGAGAUGAUCGGCUGCCCGAGGAGGACGCCGGAGCGGGGGAAGAGGAGGCCGGCGAUGAUGGUGAAAUUCACGCUCAUCAUCCGUCCGCCAAGGAGCCAUUCGACUUCAAUUCGAUCCGUCUGAUGCAGGAAUACAUGCAACAUCAGAUGAGCAAGUUUCCCAAUGGUGUCGCUGGUCCCGGCGCCGUCAGCGAUCUCGGCAGUGAACUGGGCAUGGGUGAUGGCGAGGAUGGAGAUGAGGACGAGACGCUGCCACUCAUACCCGAAAUAGAGCUCAUCACACCCUCAGAUGAUCAUGCCAUGGCAAUGCUCGCCGGCGAUUUGGAUGGCACAGCGGUCGGUGGCGUUCCCCAUGCGCCGCCCGUUCGAGGUUUCCAAUGUUCCCAUUGCUAUCAGAUCUUCGAGAUGAAGCAGAUACUCAAGGCCCAUUUGCAGAGCGUCCACGGAGCUCCGGGGCCGGUGUAUGAGUGCAACAAUUGCCGCAAAACCUAUUUCUACAAACGCUUCCUGGAGAAGCAUGUGAGGCGCGGUCGCUGCGUCAAAAAACGGCGCAAUCAGACUCGUCCUAUGCAGUGCUCUGAUUGCCAUGUCCUCUUUCCCACCGGCCAUCAUCUCGGCUGGCACAAGCGCACCGGUUGUCCGUCCAAGGCGGCUAAAAUGCCGCUACAGCAGCUCUUUAAGCAGAACAUUGUUCAGUUCAAUAAUUUCUCGAAGCGUAUUGGUGGUCCGGGACGCAAGCCGGCUGUGGAUAAUGGUGCCGUCCAUCUGAAUAAUCGCAAACUGGGCUUGACGAAUAAACGCAAGGGACGCACUCGCAUCAAGCUGGACGCCAAGAAGAUAGCGUUGGCCAAGCAACUGAUCCUGCGGGAGGCCACCACCACGGUAAUUGCCAAUGAACUAAACAUCUCGCGCACGUUCGCCUGGCGCCUGCGCAAGAGUCUGGUGAAUGGUGUGAGUCUGCACGAGCGCGUUGUGGAUCAGGCAUCGGAGGAGUUGCAACUUCAGCAACAACAGCAGCAACAACAACAUCAACAGCAGCUGCCUUCGCCACCGCCGGCCGGACAGCCUGAACUGAGCGAUGAAGGCCAGGCGGAGGCAGCUGCUGAGCUCGAACAGCAACACCAGCAGCAGCUGAGAAGCCACGAUCUGGACAUACGCUAUCCCCAGUUGGCGCUGGACAUGGGCAUUGUUAAGGAGGAGCAGCAGGAUAGUGAGGAUGAGGAGCAUCACGAGCUGACCAUUGCAGAUGAGGGUGUCGGCGAAAUUGGCGCCGAAGAGACCGCCGGCUAUGCGGGCGAAGACGACAUGUGCGGUCUUCUGCCCAAUGGCUAUGAUGUGCGCAAUCCGCUGGACGAGGGCAGCGGCCCGGAAACUGGCGAACGGGAUGCGUAUGGGGAUGCCAAUGAGAAUGAGCGUCACUCUAAGAACGCCAACUCGCCCCCAUCCCCGCCAGCGAUAGCCUAUCAACGCUUGAUGGCCGGCUCCCAACGUUUUCCCCACAUUGUCAACGCACAACAGCUUCAAAUGCAUCAGCAACAGCAACAACAACGGCAUCAGCAACAGCAAAAGGUGCAAUACGCAACGAAGGGCUCCCUUAUGCCCCUCAAUGGUGGUCUGCCUUUGUUGACACGCUUUCCCACCAUCGCCAACACAACCACACCAUCCAACCAUUCGUUGCCGGUUAAUUUGUCCAUACGCUCCAUGUCGCAAAUAAACAGCAAUGAGAGCAAUGGCAGCACCAGCAGCAAUGCGACUGCAACUCCCAUUCAGUCCCAUCACCACCAGCAACAUCACCAACAACAACAGCAGACGACUCAGCCUGGCAAGAAGCCGCGUAAGCCGAACGUUUUCAUCGACGAUGAGAAAUACGCAAUGGCGAAGCUGUUGGUGGCACAGAAUGCGUCCACCAUGAAUAUUGCACGUGCUCUGAACGUGUCUCAGAUGACGGCCUGGAAGGUGCGCGAUGCCAUAUUAAAGGGCGUGCCGCUCUCAUAUCGCAACAAGUCUCGCGUUGAGUCGCGCAACGAGGACUCCACUAAGGAGCAUCAGCAGCAGUUGCAACUGCAACAUCAGCAGCAACAACAACAGCAACACCAGCAUCAACAGCAGCAGCAGAUGCAGCGCCAUCAACAGGAGCUCAUUGCCGCUGAACAACAGCUACUGGAUAUGCAACAAAUGCAACAAAUGGAGUUGCUGAAGCAGCAGCAGAAACAGCAGCAGCAACAGGAGCUGUUGCUGCAACAACAACAACAACAACAACGUCAGCAACGUCGUCAUACGCCAGCAGCGGACACAUCACACUAUCAGCCUCCAACACAGCAGGCGCCACAACCGUCACAGCAACAGCAACAACAACAACAACAACAGCAGCAGCAACAACAUCAGCAACAGCAGUUGGCGGCAGCCAACAAAUUGUUGCAUCCACGUCGCCGCCUCAAGGCGGCCGAACGUGAAAUGCGCGACAAGGAGAUAACACGCGAAAUCCUUCAACUGAUUAAGGAGGAUAGCAACAUACAGUACUGGAAGGUGUCGGCACGUCUGGCCGAGAAGGGCAUCAACAUAUCGCCCUCAUCCGUCUGUCAGAAACUCAAAUCGAUGGGCAUACAUCGUCGAUGGAAGCCGGGCGAUAAGCCGCCCAUGCUGGCCAUGAAUCAGCUUAAAGCGGUGACUGUCGCUGCCGCUGCUGCCUCUUUCGCAGCCGGCGGCAAUGGCACCACCUUUGGUCUGCCCAAUGGCAGCAGUGCUGCUGCUGCCGCCGCCGCUGUUGCUGCUGCCGCUGCUGCUGUUGCCAAUGCCGAUGACGGUUACGAGCAGCAACAAUUCGAUAUGGGCGGUCCACACUUUCUCAGUGCCUUUACACGCUAAGGGCUUACAAAAAAAAAAAAAAAAAAAUGCCUGCGCCAGCGUCCUGCGAAAGAGUUAAUUUUUAAGUACGUCACGCACACAUCCAUGCCUCCCCCCCUCCCUUUCCCCCACACACGCCCACACGCAUUAUAGCAACAACAAUUUGUAUUUUUAUAUAGUAUUUAAACAAGAUUAUACAUAACUGUAUUGUAUCUUAUAUAUACAUACAAACAUGCAUACAUAUAUAUAUAUAUAUAUAUAUAUAUAUAUAUAUAUAUACAUAUAUACAUACUUAUAUUGCGGAUUUCUUGUACACAUUUCUAGAAUGUUCGGCUGACACACAAACACAUAAACACACACACACACAUAUAUAUAUAUUUAACACACCUUUGCGCAUUUAGCGUACAUUCCAAAAUAAUAGUUUUGCAACAACUUUGAAAAGCAACUUCCAUCGUGCAGCUAACUUAGUUAUAGUAUUUAUUUAUGUAUUUUGUUCCAUAUACACACAAACACACACUUCUACACACAUACACACACACACACACACAUUGCGGCCUGGCCAAACAUUUAUUUAUUUAUAUUCAAUAUAGGAGCCAGGCUUUAAGAAUAUAUAACAGAUACAUAUGUAAGCACAGAAACUAGAGAAAAAGCAACAUUAGAGAUUAGUGAAUAGAUCUUUGAAAUGCAUUUGCAUGUUUAAGUCGAGUUUGCAACAAAUCCGAUUUAUUCAGUACUGACACACACACACACACACACAGAGAGAGACACACUCAUAUACACACAUAUAUAUGUGAGAAGAUAAAGACAUAUUCUUUAGUUAGUUAGUUACGCAUUAUAUAUAAUUAUAUUUGCAAUCAAUGAACUUUUUGUGUCCAAUCAACCAAUCGACCGACCGCCCAUACCGUACACACAUACAUACAUGCAUAUACAUAUACAUACCUACAUACCUACAUACAUAUACAUAUAUAAAAAUACUUAUAAAUAUAUGAAAUUUGUAGCAAUG